AUGCCCAUGUAUUCUGAUGAGGAUGCAGAGGUGGUGGUGCGGAUGAAGCCGGCCAGUGCGGAUGCUUGGCGAAAAGUGAAAUCUUGUGCGGCACAGCGCUCUGCCACCACCCACGGACGAGCCGCAGUCGGCGUUACGAGAGGGGUGACAUCUGUGUGGCUCCAACGACGCGGCCGCAUGCUGUGGCGUCGGUACUGGGUCAUCGGCGUUGCGCUGUUGUUGACGGUUCUCCUCGUCGCUCAGCUUCUCCUAGCACGACCAGCGUUGGGCCCCGCUCCCUCCACUACUUCUGUUGGCAAUACGAAGGUAGAGGACAUGAAGGCUGGGCAACGUGUGGUGGCGUCUACAACAGCGCCGCAGCGGCUGGAGAAGAAUUGUACAACGUUGCGGCCACCAGUCUCCACUGAGGCUGUGGUUGACAGCUGGAAGAAUGAUGCUGCGGCAACGCCAUCCAACGAAGGAGAUGGCAUCGGCGAAGAGUCGCGGUCGCCCACAACGGAGGUGCCUUUGGUCACCGCCUCCCCGCCCCUAAGCGCACCUGACGGCACCUCAUCAGCUUUCGAGUCGACAUAUUCGCCCCCGCAGGAACAGGUGGCCGACGCAAGCCUGUCAGCCGGGGCUAAGGGCAAUACCGCAGAAAUGGCAGCCGGCGCGGAGACGUCGGAUCCGUCAAUGGAAGAGCUGCUGGGCUCACCGGUUCACACGAGUGCCACCAUCGGCAAUCAGUCGUCACAGCAGCAGCAGCACCAACCGACCCCUGUCAAGCAUGUCUCAUCACAGCAGCCGCAGAAAUCGCAAGAGGAGAAGGAGAUGCAUCCCAGCGAUGUACCACCUCCACGUCCUGCGCCCUGGGUGAAAGGUGGUGGCAGCGUUCGCUUGAGUCACUCGUUCUCCGUUCUUACAGUCCUGGCCGAUCCACCCUUGACGACACCGCAUCUCUCUGCCGAUGCCACCAAUCGCGUUCAUGACAAAGAAGCCCGGCUGCUGCAGAGGGCCACUGUGGGCCUCUACCGGUCGGGUGUGACGCAGCACGCCAGCUUCCACGAGUGGCUCCUUGUUCACAACAGGGUGCUAGAGGUGGCGACGCAGAAGAGGGAGGAGGCUGUGGUGCAGGCGUGGUGGCGCGCGGCGUGCAGCAAGCAGGAGGGAGCAGCAGCCCCCUCUGUUGCGGAGCUGACCUCUACCUCGAAGCUGCUGCCGCGUGUACGCGUUGCGGGACUUCCGCACACAUCACUGAACAGUCCACAGCUGACCAAGCUGGCGUUUGCACUUCUGCACGGCUUCCGGCUUGUCGUGACGGAGUACGUCGUUCUCCACGACUUACGGUGGACCUUGACGGAGGCGAGCGGACUUGUCUUCGGUGGCGCAGCAGACACGACGGGCGCCACAUCCACUGGACGCGCCAACUCGGCUGACCCCAGCGCAUCAGACUCUUCGAAUGGCAGUGUUGUGCAGCGCGAGAUCACGCUGGCUCUUCAGACGCUCUCGAAGAACGCCUUUCCAAAUCUGCCAACGAUGGUGGUGGACCAGGCGCGCAGCGGCGCCGCAGAGGACGUACACGCUUACCACCUUCGAGUGUACGCGUCGCAGGAAUGGCGUCAGCCGGAGCGCGAGGCGGCGCUGCAAUCUCAACUGAUCGCCUACGUGCAGAGGAUUCAGCUCCCCACCACGGCAUCGCCCUCCGUGGCGGAGUCAGCUCCCAAACCCGUGCCCGACACCCCCAUCGCAAGCGCCGCCACAACCACCAACAACGCCAGGGCUACCGCUGGCGCUGAGGCGACUGCAACGAGUGAACUGCGGGUGCAGCACGGCCUGCCCAUUGUGGCGUAUAGCGCAUCUGCUCACUUCCACUGCCAACGUGCGCCUCUCUACGGCAUUCGCAUUCCGGCUCCGCUAUGGCUCCGCCGCUCCAGGCACACAUCCGAAGCGCCGUCACACAGCACUCACUACUCAGCGCAGGGAAGAAACACCUCCACCCCCUCCCCACCCUUCACGACUCUGUGCGAGGCGCUUGUCAGCAGCCAGUUGGGGCUUGGCGAUGCCUACGCUGUUCAGAGGAACACCUUCUACCGCGUCUUCUGCAAGGAGUGGCUUCAGUUCACGCUGCUGCCGAGCCCCCAGACACCGACACGCCGCAAUGCCGGCCUGGCUACCGCAUCCGAAGCCGAGACAGCGGACCUCAUGGCGAACCUGCGCAAGGUCGCGACACAGCGCGAGAACGACGUCGAGGAGCAGCGUAUGGACAUCACGCAAGGACUGGGCGACGGGCUGUGCACGGUGGAGUGGGUGGCACACCUGAAGGCGGCACAGCUGCACUAUCGCAAGAUGGCAGAGCGUGAGCGCUGGCGAGCCGGCAAUUCGACGCGCUUCACAGCGACCACAGCCGCGCACGAUAUAGCCGAAAUCGCUGCUCAUCCCCUCGUCUCUACUGAAGCGUCAACCGCUGUGCCGCAGCUCGCUCUCUCUAACGCAGCUGGGUGGUCGCCGUACUUGAACCAGUACGCGACGCUUCUCUUCUCCGAAGAUACGGUGCAGCUCUCGCGCGUGGCUGGCACGUACCUCGCGUUUCUGCCAAACGUUAGCUACGCCCUCCAGCACAUCCGACACACGAUGGAGGACAAGCUUGCCCUUGUGUCGCUCAAGUACGCGGUAGAGCGGACGAGGCGCUUCACCUCCUUGAAGCAGCCGGACGAUCGAGAAGUCGUCUGCCUCCCCUCACACCUCUCCCGCGUGCACCGACACGCUGUCAUGUACAAGACGCAGUGGUUCCUGGCCAAUCUCGCUUUGCGGUGCGUACAGCACAAGAGCGCCUGCCUCGGCGGCCUCUUCGACUCGGAGGAGCGCACCCUCCAGAACAUGGGCCGCUACUUCUCCACGACCAGUAAGUGGAGUCGCGGUGAGUUCCGCGUCUGCAUGUCGUCUGGCGCAUACGUCUCCGACCCCUUCAACGACCUUCUAUGA